GUGUGUGUCACAUUGGACACAUGCACUCAGCAGCCGGGACGCCUGACUGAACCGUCGACGAAGUCAGAAAUGAAAUGUGCGUGGCCCCCACCCUACUUACUUCUGUUGUGCUUAGAGGCACGCUCUGUCUUCCUUCUGGAAAACAGCAAGCCCAAUUUUGUCCUGAUGAUGGUGGAUGACCUGGGAAUCGGGGACCUGGGCUGUUACGGCAACGCUACCUUGAGCACUCCCCAUAUCGACCGGCUGGCCCAGGAGGGCGUGAGGCUGACACACCACAUUGCAGCGGCACCCCUCUGCACGCCCAGCAGGGCAGCCUUCCUCACUGGACGCUACCCUAUACGAUCAGGUAUGGUUAGCAAAGGAAGAAUUGGAGUCUUCUUAUUCUCUGCAUCCUCUGGCGGCCUCCCGAGCCGAGAGAUUUCCUUCGCCAAGAUUGCAAAACAACAAGGCUAUGAGACGGCGCUGAUAGGCAAAUGGCACCUGGGUCUUAACUGUGAGAACAGCAACGAUCACUGCCACCACCCCAGCGUCCAUGGGUUUGACCACUUCUACGGACUCACGGUGACCAACUUGCGGGACUGCCAGCCGGGCCAUGGCACGGUGUUCUCUGAACUCCCACCCAUACUGUUUGGCACGUUUUGUGUGGCCGUGCUCACCGUGGCCUUCAUCCAUUACGCGGGUGUGGCGACGGUUCGGAGGGCGCUGGUCCUGGGCCUGGUGUUGCUGUCCGCCACGGUCGCGGGGCUCUUAAUGGCCUUUCUCACAACGUUCCCUAACUUCAACUGUUUGCUUAUGAGGGACCACGAGGUCGUGGAGCAGCCAUAUGUUAGCGAAAACCUGACACAAAGGAUGACGCAUGAAGCGAUGGACUUCAUAGAAAGGAACUCAGAGAGGCCAUUCUUGCUCUUCUUGUCCUUCGUUCAGGUGCACACGGCCAUGUUUGCGUCCGCUCCGUUUCGGGGGAGGAGUGGCCACGGUAUCUAUGGCGACGCCGUCCAAGAGGUGGAUUGGAGUGUAGGUCAAAUCAUGCAGACGCUGGACAGACUGAAGCUGAGGGAAAACACACUGGUGUACCUGACCUCUGACCAGGGGCCUCAUCUGGAGGAAAUCUCAUCCAGAGGCGAGGUCCACAGAGGCUGGAGCGGCAUUUAUAAAGGAGGGAAGUCCACAAAUUGGGAAGGAGGCAUACGGGUCCCAGGGAUCCUCAGUUGGCCCGGGAAGCUGCCCGCUAGUAAGUGGGUAGAUGAACCCACCAGCAACAUGGACCUUUUCCCGACCGUUGUGCGUCUAACCGGAGCCACCGUCCCUGAUGACAGAGAGAUAGAUGGACAUGACCUCAUGGCGCUGCUUCAGGGAAAGGCGGAGAGGUCAAACCACGAGUUUCUCUUCCACUACUGCAAUGCCUACUUAAACGCUGUCCGGUGGCACCCCAGAAACAGCAGCGCUGUUUGGAAAGCCUUUUAUUUCACGCCCGACUUCUACCCGGAGAACGAAACGGUUUGCUCCCAUACGCAGGUCUGCCUUUGCUCGGCAGGCUAUGUGACCUACCACAACCCUCCUUUGCUGUUCGACCUCUCCAGGGACCCGUCAGAGACCACACCCCUGACCCCCGCAACCGAGCCGACCUUCCACGCCGUCCUGGCAGCAAUGGGAGAGGCCGUUGAGCGCCACCGAAACUCGGUGGAGCCCGUGGAGAACCAGAUGUCCGUCGGGAACCUAGUCUGGAAGCCCUGGCUUCAGCCCUGCUGCUCCUCAUUGGCCCAGCUCUGCAGAUGUUUGCAUGAUGACCACUAAAGUCCUGCAACUCCUAUUGCCACGAAUUAAUCAUAAAUUGACGACUAUUGGCUACAACGGGGACAAAACUAUCUUUUUUUCUCUUUUUUUUUUGUGUGGAUUUUUCCCCCUCUUUUUCUCCCCAACAGUAUCCGGCCCAUUGCCCCACUCUUCCGAGCCGUCCCGGUCGCUGCUCCACCCCCUCUGCUGAUCCUGGGAGGGCUGCAGACUACCACAUGCUUCCUCUGAUACAGCCGCUUCUUUUCACCUGACAGUGAGGAGUUUCACUGGGUGGAAGUAGCACGUGGGAUGAUCACGCUAUUCCCCCCCAGUUCCCCCUCCUCCUCAAACAGGUGCCCGGACCGACCAGAGGAGGCGCUAGUGCAGCGACCAGGACACAUACCCACAUCCGGCUUUCCACCCACAGACACGGACGCCUGACCAAACCGGAGGUAACACGGGGAUUCAAACCGGCGAUCCCUCUGUUGAUAGGCAACGGAAUAGACCGCCACACUACCCGGACCAGAGCGACGUCUUUACCUUGUGGUUGUUUAAAGGACUAGUUUGGAUUUUUUGAAGUCUAUCCCUAUUUUAUACUCACUGCUUAUGUAGUGCAGAGGGAGGUUUCAUUUUCUAAGAGAUCCAUCAUUUCUCUUU